UUCUCAGCUGUCUCUGACUGAAUCGCGCAGAGUCGACUGCUGUUGCCUGUACUCGGUCAGUGUGUGUGUGUUGUCUGCUGCGAUUUGCGCGCUUCUUGCAAAAAAGUGUUGUUCUGUUUUCUGUUUUGUGUCUGCUGCGUUUUUAAACUAUGGUCAACUUCAGCGUGGAUUUACACUGAUUGAGGGUCAAUCAAUUGGAUUGUGUUCGAGAGAUUACGGACACACCCAAAUAAGGCGCCAGCAUGGAGCUGCAGGAGAAUGCACAGCCUCCUGGAUCGGUGGUGACGGAGGCCGUGGCGCAGAAUGCAGCCGUCCUCAUCCGAAAGGCCUACAAGCGCUUCGAUGACUCAACCGUCAUCCUCAAAGGAUUCAACAUGACUGUACCAAAGGGCACCAUUUAUGGUUUAUUAGGACCAAGUGGCUGUGGCAAAACAACCCUGUUGAGAGCUCUAGUCGAUAGGACCGUUCUAGAUGCAGGCAUGAUCGCAGUGGCUGCCAAAAGAAAAGAUAAUGUUGGAUACAUGCCUCAGGAACUCGGCCUAUACAACGAUAUGAACAUAUCAGAAACAUUUCAAUUUUUCGGAAGACUGUAUAAUAUGAACUACGCGGAAAUUAAGGAGCAAGAAAGGAAGCUCAUCCCACUCCUCGAUUUGCCUCCUGGUGACAGUAUUAUUGGAACAAUGAGUGGGGGACAACAAAGGAGAACAUCGUUUGCUGUGGCACUCCUCCAUGAUCCCGAACUGCUAAUCCUUGAUGAACCCACUGUGGGAGUCGAUCCUCUUCUCAGCCAAACGAUUUGGAACCAUCUAAUUCAACUUACCACUCUCCAUAAGAAAACAAUUAUAAUCACAACGCAUUACAUAGAAGAAGCUAGGCAAGCGAACAUAAUUGGUAUGAUGAGAAGUGGUGUUUUAUUAGCCGAAGAAUCACCUACAGAACUAAUGCGCAAGCAUAAUAGUUCACAUUUAGAGCAUGUGUUUCUAGUCCUCAGUGAAAGACAACAGAAAGAAUUAGAUUUACAAGAGGUGGAAGAACCCUAUCCUGUUAUCGAUGAAAACCAAAAACGACUACCUCUAUUGGAAACGAAUAAAGUAUGGAAUACGCAGAGGUUUUUAGCACAACUAAUUAAGCAUCUAAUAUGGAACAAGAGAAAUAUACCUUUCCUAAUGCUGCUACUAGCUCUGCCAGCCGCGCUGUCAUUCAUCUGCCACGAGGUGACCACCGUGAACCCGACAGGUCUGUCGAUAGGUGUGGUCUCCGACGAGCAGACAUCCUGCCAGGUGCCCAAAGACUACAACUGCACUCACUCGGGUCGACCGCUCAGCUGCACCUACAUCGACCUGCUCAGAGACAAAACUUUCGAAAUUCACCACCAUCAGACGUUCGAUUCAGCGAAAGAGUCGCUGAGGAGAGGCAAAAUCUGGGGCAUCCUUCGCUUUGCUAGCAAUUACACAGAGUCUGUCAUCAAGAGGAUAGAAGAGGGACAGGCUACUCCUGAUGGGGUGGUUGAUGCUAGUACUGUCGACGUGUGGCUGGAUAUGUCAAAUCAAUGGAUCAGCAACUUGAUGAGACGAGAUUUGAUAUUCUUGACCCUGGAUUUCUUCCAAAAUCUACUCAGUGAAUGUGGUUAUAGCCCACAGGUUGCCUAUAUUCCAGUCAGAUUCGAGGAAGCCAUAUAUGGAGAUAAUAUCCCUGUAUUUGGUCACUAUACUUCGGCAGGAAUCAUAUGCACGUUCACGUUCUACCUGGCAGUGUUGUUCACAGUUGGAUCGAUCAUGACUGAAAUCUCUGUCGGGCUGGACAGAAGCCUUGUAGCAGGUAUGACUAUUUUGGAGGUGGUGGCUGCCCACGGAGUGAUCAUGUUCAUGCUGGUUGGCACACAGAGCUUCAUCACCAUGUUCCUGACCUACUAUGUGUUUGGCUAUCCAUUCCACGGCAGCAUCACUCUCACCAUCAUACUUCUCUUCUUGAUCGAGAUCAUGGGAAUGGCUUACGGUUUUAUGUUAUCCGUCGUUUUUGAUAAGGAAGCUAUUGCAACGUAUGCUGGCAUUGGAACAGUCGUCAUGAUGUUUAUGACUUGCGGAGUGGUGUGGCCUAUCGAAGGUAUGAACACAGUUCUGCGGUCGAUAGCCUGGGCGAUCCCAGUCCAACCCACGGUCGAGAGUUUCAGAAGUAUUUUGGACAGGAACUGGGACAUCACACACCCCAAUGUAUAUUCCGGAUACAUCUCCAGCACAAUCUGGACAAUCAUCUUCUGUGCCAUCGCUUAUUCAGUCGCUAAAUCGAAGAAAAUUUGUGUUUAAAUUGCAAAACUCUGUAUUCAUAGACUUCGAAUUUAGUUAAAUAAGUAAAUAGUUAAAUAUUUAAAUCAGUUAAAUAUCUGCGAAUGAUAGAGUGACUAGUUCUCGUAUUGAUUCGAAAACUUAUAAGGAACAGUAUUACCAUAGAAAAAGGUAGGUAGCAUGAGUAUAUUUUCAUUAUUUCUUAUUCUAUAUACAGUAGGCUAUAUAGGCUAUAUAUGCUAUAUAGGCUAUAUAAGAUAAUGUUAAGUACAUUACUUAUGCUAUCUUUUCUCUCAUUGUACUAAUCAGAACUCACAUUAUUGAUUCAUGUACAGCCAAUGUAUUGUAAGCCAAUUAGAUCGUCAGUUUCCAAUGUUGCUUUGGUAUAAUACAGUAUAAGUUUGAGAAUUCUGUCUCAAUAUGCAUAUUCUGACAUGCAUUUUAUCCUAUAUAUUGGGUAUUGGAUGUUAUACAUACUAUUCGAAUUGUAAUUAAUCCAUAUAACGUGGAACGUGAAAAAAGAGAGAAUAUUAUUUAAAUAUUUUAAAUAAUAUAGGAGAAAUAUUAUAUGAUAUGAGCAAAUAGUAUUGAAGAGGGAGUAAUAAUGUUUUAAUAUUGAAAUUCUUUAGAAAAAUAAAUUUGAAUGUUUAAUGUUCAAUGUAAAUGGAGAAAACAUGAAAGUUCAUAUAUUUCUCAGUUGUAUACUCUUAGUAUGCUCAGGAUGAGCAUAAACUAAGGCAUUUCAUCAAGAUGAUUAUCUCUCCAAAGUUCAAUCACCUUUUUGCAUUACAGUAGAGAGUUGAAGCCAGCAAGAAUAUAUUGGAUAAGUUUAAAGGUGCAUCCAUGGUUAGAGGAAUAGCAAUACGUAUAUUUCUUAGAUGUAUCAUCGAUCUAUAGUUUUAAAAAUACUUUGUUGAUUAAACAGGAUGUGUAAAUAAAUGAAUGGGAACUUGUGUUGAUGUCCACGUCUUUAUGAUUCUCAAUGAUUGAAUGACAACAAAAUUAUAGUUACAGGCUACUUAGUUUAGCCAGAAGUUUGUAUCUGAUAUAGCCUACUUUUAUCUCAUUUUGUAUUCUAUUGUACUAAUUUAUGAAAAUAUACUAUAGAUGUUUAUAAAAUAAAUAAGAGAAUAUUCA